AGGGUACAAAGGUCCUUCAAAAAUCCAUCCUUUUAAAUACAAUUCAAGCCUCUGUCCUGAACGUCUGAACAUCAGCUGCCACAAUGAACUAUUUGCGUCUGGCCGUGCUGCUGUGCAGCCUCCUGCCUCUGUGUAAUGCUUACUGCUAUGUGAUGGAAGUCAAACAAGGUGCGACACAUUGUCAGGACGUGACGGAUAAGACAUGGCAUCCAGUGGGAUCUUCAUGGAGAAACAGUGACUGCAUGGACUGUAGUUGUGGUGGAUGUUGCACUAGCUAUGCCACCCCCAAGGAGUUCCCCGCCGACUGCGAGUCAGUGUUUGACCCACAGGCUUGUGUUUACAGAGUGCAAAAGAUUAACAAUCCAGCCAUAGAAUGCCCAAUUUAUGGUGCUGUGGGCAAGUGAUGCAGUUAGUAAACUCUGAGUGAGCUCAAGGAGCAAAGUCUUUGGUUUUUUGACUGAAAGCAUAGCUGCCUGACACAAUAAAAUUGCAAUACCUAAUAAAAAAGUUGCACAGCU